AGCUCGAUUCCCACACUAUGUGAGCGUCUUCCCACUAUCUCCCAACCUGUUUUGGAUUUUUUUGGCCUGCACCUGCUUGCCUGAAGACUUGUUGUGUACCAAAACAACAAAGUUCUCAUCUUCAACCCGCCCCCCGUUGAAACCCGCGUCUUCAGGGCAGCAGCGUUCUGCGGGUUCGUCGUUGCAGCGCGCGGAGCUUCCUGCCACCAAUGUGAAGGAAUAAGUCAAGACUCAGCCAUUAUUGGGAAAAGUGACCAUGAAGCAGGACAUCGAGGCAGUGAACGUCCCUGCAUGCUUCAUAUCUGACCACGAGGGUUUCCUGGGGAGCAUCAAAAACUUGAUUGAAGACUUUGUGGUGACAGAGAUUGACAUAUCUGGACAGCAGGUCAAAGCUGCUGCAGCCACAGAAGCGUCGGGCUGCGCCUCCUCCUGUGGAAACAGCACGGCGGCUGCAGAUUGUAAGGACUACAGUAACUCCUCCACAUCACAGGAUGCCGAUGUCUCCUGGGAGUCGGGGGCAGAUGUUUCUCUGCCAAGUCUGGAGAGCUUUGAUUUAGGCGUGAUCUUAGGCCAGUCGGUGAGCGAGGAGCUUGAGCAGUUUGUGCUGACUCUCAGAGAUAAGAAGCCAGCCGGUCUCGAGCUCUCCCUGGGAUCUUUCACCGACAAAUACCAACGGGCCAAUGUCCACCGGGCCGUCAGGCACCGCUUUCCCUUCCUCAUGACUGUCACCAUCCAACCGGAGAUCAGAGUGAGGGAAGACCCCGACUACAGGGAGCUCUCCCAGCUGGUGAAGGACGACGAGGCCGAGGACUUCUUCAGGUUUAUAGAUGCUAAAGUCCGAGGCUCGUCGUACACGUUUGGACCUGAUGACAACAAGGAGCACAGGACUGCUGUCCACCACUUCCUGAACCGAAAGUUUGGGAAGUUGGUUGAGACGAAAAGCUUCAGCGACCAGGGGAGGACGUCGAUCUCUGUGAGGUUGAGAGAGCGAGGGAGGCCCAAGAAGAGAACCGCAGAGGAACGCAAGGAAGAGGACAUCUACACGGCAUUCACUCUGUGUAAAGAGAACCUGGAGACUCUGGAAGCCAUCAGCUACAUGGCCGCAGCUCUCGGGGUUCUGCCGUCAGAUUUCACCUACGCUGGGAUCAAAGAUAAGAGAGCCAUCACGUACCAGUCCAUGGUGGUGAAGAAGGUCUCGCCUCAGCGGUUGAGAGAGAAGACGUCGGAGUUCGAGCGGAGGGGCAUGCGUCUGUCUCAGGUGCGCUCGGUCAGCGAGCCUCUCAGGCUCGGACGGCUGACAGGAAAUCACUUCGACCUGGUGGUCCGCAACCUGAGACCACACCGAGCCAGCGACACACACUCCUCUGGGGCAGACGUACACACUCGCCUGGCAGCGCUGGUGAAGGAGGCAGUGGAGAACGUCAAGACCAGAGGCUUCGUAAACUACUACGGCCCACAGAGGUUUGGCAGCGGACAGGGCGUCCAGUCAGACCGAGUCGGGCUCGCUCUACUGAAAGAGGACAUGGUUAACGCAGUGCGACUUUUCUUCACUCCCGACGACGGCGACGAUCCUCAGAGCCUCGCGAAGAGACACUUCCUCCAAACCGACAAUGCGAAGGAGUCCCUGGUGUUGAUGCCUCUGUCCAAAGCGCGGGAGCGGCUGAUGCUCCGGGCCCUGAACCGCUACGGCACGGGCGUGGACGGCUGCACCCAGGCCUGGCUCAGCCUGCCGCACAGCAUGAGAGUUUUCUACCCUCACGCCUACUGCAGCAGAGUGUGGAACGAGGCCGUGGCUCACAGACUCUCCACAAUGGGACACAGCGUGAGACAAGGGGACUUGGUGUGGAUGCAUGGAGGAUCGGAGAAAACCGAGGCUGGUGAAACCGGCGCUGCUGAGAUCCACGUUGUGACGGAUCAAGACGAGCAAAAGGAAGUUUACGCUCUCGAACAUGUGUUGAUGCCAAUGCCGGGAAACACCGUGAAGUAUCCAGAGAACUCCAUGGGGACUUGGUACCAGGAGCGGCUGAGCAGAGACGGACUGGCCGACUGUCGCUUCAGGGUCAGCGGCCUGAAGCUGAACGUGCCCGGAUGUUACCGCCCCCUGCUGGCUCUGCCACACAACCUCAGCUACCGGCUGCAGAGAGGAGACAGAAAGCAGGACUCUGACAGUGACCCGCUCGCUCUGACUUUAAACUUCGACCUGGACUCGUCCUGUUACGCUACGAUCUGCCUCAGAGAAAUCAUGAAAUGUGACCCUUAAGUAUCAUUACUGUUUUAUUUUUCUGAACUUUGAAGCUAAUGUAAGGUUUGUGUUUUCUUUUUUUUUUUUUUAGCAGUCUUUUUUUUGUAACAAAUGCUGUAUGUAGUAUGAUUGAAAGUGACUGUGACACAGUUUUUUUUUGUUGUCGUUGAAGUUUUGAUCAUAACAGUAUAGUUAUUAAAAAAAGCCCAGAAGUGCAGUUGAAAAAUAAACGAACACUGCCAAAAGUGAAUCUCAGUGUCAAAGCAUGUAAACAGUGUUUCAUUUCAGUUAUUUUGUUUUUUGUUUUUUUUUUUUUUAGAUUUUUUUAAAUCUUUAUUUUGUGAGCAUUCAUUUUCAAAUUUAAAAUAUAUCUAAAUGUACUGAUUAAAACAUUU